AUGCGGACGUUGCUGCUCGCCUGCCUCGCCUCUGGCUCAGGCCGCGCCGUCAGGCUUCCCUCGAGCGGCCUGAUCGUCCUCGGUGGCAGCGGCGGCCCGCCACCGGCAGCGGCGGCGGCGGUCGCGGACGGGCGGGAGCUCCGCAAGCAGCUGAGCGCGCUGCGGGCGAGUUCCGACUGGGACGGCGCGCACGGCCUGCUGUGGUGGGCGCUUCGCGAGGCUCCCUCAUCGGCGGAGACGAUCCACUGCAACGUGGUCCUCGCCGCCCUCUCGGACGCCGCCGAGUGGGAGCGCGCGCUGGUGCUGCUCGAGCACAUGCGCGCCGCCGGCCUUCCGCGCGAUGGCUACUCCUUCUCCUCGGCCAUCUGCGCGUGCGCGCGGGCCGGCCAGCCGGAGGCGGCGGUCGAGACGUUCAAGGCCAUGUGCGCCGACGACUCCGUCGAGCCCUCCUCCGUCGCCUUCAACACCGCGCUCUCCGCAGCGCAGCGCGCCUCUGACCCCGUCCGUGCCGCCGAGAUG